UUCCACAAAUUUUUUGAGUUAAACUGUUAACAGUAUUGAGUAUUGUUACUUAAAAAGUUGAUCUGUUAAUACACUUCCUGUAGGAUUUUGAAUUCUUAAGGUACAAAAAAAUUACGUCCUACGUCUUAGGGCGACGAGUUGUCUGUCCACCUGUUGACCAAACGUCAGUACACUAUUGUACACCCAUCUAAAAUCAUAAAAUAUGUUAUUGGUGUUAUUAUGGAUAGGGCUGUGACCAGAGAACCAAUCUGGCAGAAAUGCAGAUUUUGCCAAAAUGCCACGUUUGAACAAUUGCAUCAAUUUGAACGACACUUAUAUGAUGUGCAUAGCAGAAGAAAAGAUGGUCAAUAUUUUUGUGAAUAUGGUGCCACUAGAAUUUGCUGCAAAAAGUCUAAUGAAUCUGAUUACAAAAUUCAUGUUGUACAAAACCAUGCUUUCCAUUCAGUUAAUUGUGUUGUACCUUAUCGUAAAACAUCAGAUAAUAAACGGCCAUCAGAUGAAUGGAAUUUCUAUUCGGCCUCCCAAAGUCUUGCUACUGUUUUAAACGAUCCAAGGCGGCCUCGAUCUAAAGAUUUUUUUACUAAGAUAUGGGGUGAUAAAUUCACUGAUACAAAUCCAAUUCCUCCACCUCAACAUUUGCCUGUAGUACGGCCACAAUACUUUCAAACUUAUCUUAAACGUAUACCAAAACGACAUAAAAAAAAUGUGGAACAUCAGCAAAAAAAAGAUAAACAAGAUUAUCCUUCUGAAAUCCUUCAGCAAUUUCCGAAUUUACGUUUAACUAAAUCAACAGACAGGGUCAAUUAUGAUUUAUCUGAGGUUCCGUCUAUAUUUUUGGAGCCUCAUUUUGAUCUCAGUAAACGUGAAACAUUAUUUACCGUAUUUCCCAAUAUAUUCCUCACAUCAGAUACCCAUGCAAAUGUUGAUACAGCUAAUAUUAGAAUAUCUGAUAAAUCCGUUCACGAGAAAAAAUUGAGCCAUUAUUUGGAUACUGUAGAGGUCAAAAUUGCACAACAAGUAAGUUCAAAAUCAGAAGCAUUUUUUCAUACAAUGACAUCACACGAUACUCUUAUGGAACAAAUUCGUCUAUCAAUACAACUAGCUCAAAACCUACGUUGUAGAAUCAGACAAGUAAAUGAAAAAUUUGUAUCAAAACCGUUGACAAUUUUAAAAACUAAAACCACCAUUUUAAAUCAUACCAAUAUUAUUGAAAAGUUGAAAUUAAUGGCUACAGUAUAUCACACACAAACAACAAUACAAGUAUUAUUGUCAGCUGCUGAUUAUGUUGCUGCUUUAGACUUAAUUUAUACCACUAAGGAUUUAUUAUCUAAGGAACUUUCUGGGGUCCACUGCUUCAGGCAUUUAACUUCAGAAUUAAAUGAAAUUAUUAAAAUGAUAGAUGCAUUAAUGGCUGGGGAAUUCGAACGAUGUUCAUCAGCAGACCUCAAUCGUCCAUUAGUUGGAACUGACUUUGAGGUUUUGGAAAAAGACAAAUUAUUUUCAAUACUUAUGGGGAUGUUGCGACGUAAAAACUGGGCAUUUUUAGAAGCAUACAGCAAAGAAUGUGAAACAGCAAUAAGUGCUGCAAUUAAAAAAAGUGUUAUAGAUACAAUUGCAAAUAGUGAUGUUGAUCAUCAGAUCAAUCAGUCAUCAAAUUUAGAAAAUUAUUUGCACUGUUUAACAACUAAUGAAUGGUUGAAUAUGCUAGAAGACUGUUCUUUCACAUUGUCUCUUCUUUUACGAAGAAUAAAGGCAGGAUAUAAUAUCAUGCAACAUGCUCUUAAUGUUAGCGCUAACAAGUUGAAUAGUCCUAAUGAAAAUACUAUUGAUUUAGAAGAACCAUCAUUUGACUAUAACUUAACUGAAGAAGAUUAUAUUAAAGUUAGAGCAAAGCUGACAAAUCUUUUAAACUCAAUAACUGAGUGUGCUGUUGUUAAAUAUGCUCAAUUAGUUUCUAAAAGUUCAAGUGCCAAUGCUGUGAGUGAACAAGUAAAUGGUAUAACCGAACAACUUAAUGGAGACGAUGAAUCCAGAAAUUAUUGUUUAUCAGAUCAAAAACAGUUGUUGCGAUUAUCCGAAUGUAUAAAACAAUUAAGUGAAUGUUAUGUAGAAGUGUGUCCUAAUCAAGAUGUUGGGUUUAAAAUAUUGCAGACUGCCAUGCAAUCAGAGGCCAACAAUUUCAUUAAAAAAUUUCACAACGAAAAAAUCAAUAAACUGCAAUUAAUUUUAGAUAGUGAAAACUGGCGGCAAACAGUUGUGCCAUCAGAAUUUCAACAUUUAGUCGAAUACAUUCAAACUACUGGUCAAUUUUCAGUGCCCAAAUCAUUAUCGCCAAAGACAUCCUCUAAACCAGCUCAGAUAUUGAUGGUAAAUGAUGAAAGUUUUGCAGUGGUUGGGACUGUGUUACUUUUGAUUCAAAUGGUAGCUGAGUACUGUACAAAGGCUGACGAGAUAAAUUUGGCCGCUCAAAGUUUAUUACGUUAUGUGUGCGAAAUUUUAAGAGAAUAUAAUUCUAGAUCACAUUAUUUGGUAAUUCAAGCAAAGGCAAUAUCAAACAAAACUGGUCUGAAAAGAAUAACGUGCACUAAUUUGGUGUUAUCACUUAGAGCCUUGCAAUUAUUAUUAUGGAUUGUACCUUACAUACAAACACAUUUUUCUAGGUUUUUAGAAGAAUCUCAAGUGAACACAAUAUUAAACAGAGUAAAAAAUGAUAUGACAAAACACAUCAAAGACAUACAAGACAAACUGAAUGAAAUUGUAAAACAGAUAAUCAUACAGCAAAUGUCAAACUGGGAAGCUAAACCUCCUAUUCCAUCCAAAUCAUUUCAAACUAUUUGCAAGCAUAUAUGUAAACUUCACGAGGCCAUAGCAAGUAUACUGCCUAAAAUUCAAAUUCAAUACUUGUAUAGACGAAUACAUAUAACAUUCAAAGAAAUUCUACAUGAGUGCAUAAAAAAAAUGGACAACACUAAUAAUGACGGACCUUUACGCGGAAUUGUGUCGUCAGAAUUAAUGUUUUACAUUAAGUCAUUAGAAAGCAUAGACGCAUUACCCAAAGAAGAAAUGGCAUUGCAGUCAAUGAAUGAUAUAUGGAAUGAAAAUUUUUCAACGAACAACAGUCAUUAAUAAAAUUAUACAGAAAAAAAUUGAGUUGAACAAAUUUGUACCUAUUUUUAAUGAGUAAACAUAAAAAUUGUUUUAAAAAUAAUUUUAUCCAUGUACUGAUUAAUAUAAAAAUUAC